AUGGCACAAGUCAACUCCACCAUGGUUACUUCUAACAUCUCUUCCUCUCCUGGAGAUUCACCUCAUCCUUCUUUGGACUCCAGGAGUCUUGUUCCUGUAGUGGUGCUGUCCAUCUGCUUUCUGCUGGGAUUCCCUGGAAACAUCGCUGUCAUCGUUCUUAAGCCAAACUGGGAGAACAUGUCCAGUCUGAGCCAGAGUUUGAUGAUGAAUCUGGCUGUGUCAGACCUGCUCUGCUUUGUUACCAUUCCACUGUGGAUUUACUAUUUUCUCUAUGGCUGGACCUUCAGUUUGGCAGCCUGCAAGCUCAUAACGUACAUUGGGUACUGCAGCAUUUAUGCCAGUCUGCUGACUGUGACUGUGCUCAGUGUUCAGCGUUUCCUUCAGGUCGUUCACCUGCAGAGGAGUUUAAAUCUAGUGAAAGCAAGGUUGCUGCUGGCUCCUCUCUGGCUGGCUUCGAUGACCCUGUCCAUCCCCGCUUUAGUGGUUCGAUGCCUGGACAAAGAUCAGCACUGGACACGUUGCAAACCUCACUACUCCUCCAAGGGUCAGAGGGUAGCUGUGGUGUUGACAGGACUCCUGAUAGGAGUUGUGUCAUUUUCUGUCAUGGCUUUUUCAUACAUCAGUCUCUACAGAAAGCUGAAUCGAGCAGCCUUAUUCAACAAUCCACAGACCACCAGACUGAUUACCAGCAUCAUAGUGACUGUAUUUGUCCUGUGGGUACCAUAUCGUGCCAUGAAUGUGGUGGAGAUUGCAGCUGUUUCCCUCGAUAACAAAUCCUUGUUAAAGUUUAGCGAGGACACCUGGAACGCUUUCGCCUCUGUAACAUUUGUAAACAGUGCCGUAAAUCCACUCCUGUAUGCCUUUACUUCUAAUCGUUUGUUCAGUCUUUGCCAAAAAAAUGCUGAACAUUUAGCGGAGAAG